UCCGACUCCCGGGCCCGAGGCCCAUCCACUAAGCCGCGCUGCUUCCCGGAAGAGUGUCCUGGGAGGGCAGGUACUGACUUGAUCAGCAGGUGCUCGAACGAGGAGAAGCGGCAGAAAAACGGGGCCCAUAAAAUCACAGUCCUGAACUGUAGUCAUCCAAUCCGCUCCUGAACCUUCAAGGUGACUCUCAGAUGCCAGACUAAGGCAGGCAGGUUUGGAAACCACCGGAGAACCUGUGUUUGAAGAUGACGAAGCUUCUGACGGCGUGAUUCCGUCGGCUUGUGCGGACGAGGCUGAAACGGGCAGUCUGGCGAUCGGAUGAGGGGAGAAUCUUAUUUCGUUGGAAUGAGAAACCCUGGUCAAUAUGGCUGCAUUCCAGAUGAUGGAGGACUCUUCUUACUGUACUGCAUGAUGGACAGCCACAGGGAUGUCACCAGAUGUUUCACAGAGGAAGCUUUUCGUGCAAUCACCGACUUCAACGAUCUUCCAAACUCCCUGUUUGCCUGCAACGUUCACCAGUCCGUAUUUGAAGGAGAAGACAGUAAGGAGAAAUUUGAGGGACUGUUCCGAACUUAUGAUGAUUGCGUGACAUUUCAGCUAUUCAAGAGCUUUAGACGUGUGCGCAUAAACUUCAGUAAUCCUAAAUCUGCAGCUCGGGCCAGAAUAGAGCUUCAUGAAACACAGUUCAGAGGGAAAAAGUUAAAGCUGUACUUUGCCCAGGUUCAGACGUCUGACUCCGAUGGAGACAAACUUCACUUGGCUCCUCCGCAGCCGGCGAAACAGUUCCUCAUCUCACCUCCAGCGUCUCCCCCCGUAGGCUGGCAGCCCAUCGACGAUGCCACUCCAGUUAUCAACUACGACCUCCUGUACGCUGUGGCCAAACUAGGGCCAGGAGAGAAGUACGAGCUGCACGCAGGGACCGAGUCCACACCGAGCGUGGUGGUGCAUGUGUGCGACAGCGACCUGGAGGAGGAAGAAGACACCAAGAACUCUCCCAAGCCCAAAAUCGUCCAGACCCGUCGCCCUGGUCUUCCCCCGCCUGUGUCUAACUGAGCUCUCCUCUAUGCCGCAGACAGUAUUAUCCCUCUCUUCUCUCGUGACUUCUCUUUGUAGGGUUUUCCAUUUGUUUCAUUUUGCAUUGGUGUGUCUGAAGGCAUCACCUGCCUUGAAAGAGUCCUGGACACUUAGCUCAUCCAGUCUCCCUUUCCCAUAAUCGAGCCUUGCCACCCAAGGGCUAGGAAGAGGUGGUGUUACGUUUCCCGAGCCAUGUCGUUCACCGCAAAAGUGUCACGCAUCUCACCCGACGGGCUGGGCUAAGAUGACAUCACGUCAAGUACGUCCUUGUCAAAAUCCGACGUAUUCCCACUCCCUUAAUGAAAACCCAGGAGCGUCACCUAAUAAACACCCCCGUCGGGUUUUUAUUUGCUUUGUCAGGCCUCACCCUGAGGUGUAUUGAGUGUUUUUCCUAGCCACAGUCAUAGGACCAUACAUACCCUUGAACUUCGACUGCCUAUGAAAUGCUAUCCUCUUGUCUCACUCAGUCCUCUGCAACCCAUUCAUUCAUUGGUCCAUUCAGUCGUAUUUAUUGAGUGCUUAUGGUGUGCGAAGCACCGACUAAGCUCUUGGGAGAGAAACCCAUCACUCCAUAUGCUAAGCAUGGUCACCAGCAUCCGUUGGAAUCAUUGGAGGAUUCAGUCUAAUCCAUUCGUUUUCUGCAUCCAGUAGACUGCAGUGAGCGCUAGGUAGAUUUCAAAGUCAUUUGGAUUGUCAGCCUAGGCAGGCCUUACUUGACCUUUUUUUCUUUUCUGUUUGGCGUGUGCUCUUGGGAAAGUUCUUCGUACAUCUCAGUUUAAAUUUCUAGAGGGGAGAUUAACCCCAAAGAUGUUUCUCGGUGAGUUAGAGACACCCCUCGUGUAGAGAGGGCUUUCCUAUUCCUAUUAAGGGUGCAUGUGCAGAUUGAGAGACUGAAAUGAUUACGUUUGUCAUAGGUAGCUUUACAGUAUCUAAACAUUCUUUUUUGUAUAUUUAUAUUAAUGUCUCAGUUGUGCUAGCCAAAGGGAUGAUGCUAUUAUUUGUGAGUGUUCAUCCUUUACCUGCCUGGAAACAUCAAUUUAUGCAUUUUUGCUAAAUCAUUCAUGUAAUGUUCAAGAUUUGGACUAAAUAACUGAGUACUGAAGGGGUUCAAAACCUCUCCUGCUAGAUUAUAACUAAGUAAUAAACACUCUGCUCUUAAAAUAUAUGCACUUUUUCUCCAUUUAACCAAGUGAACGAUAAUUUCUUUCCCAAAUAUAAUAGUAAUUGAUUACACUAAAAUAGAAAAUAAAAAGAUCAAUAUAUCUUCCCCCGAUUCCCACUCCCACAAGCUGUACAUAAGAUUUGUUUUGGGUAAAUGCAGUUUUCUAUUCCUCUCUCCCAAAGUGCAUUACAAAAUAUACACCUGUAAACUCUUAUCUUCUGCUGUAUGAUACCGGCAUAGUGCAUCUAUUACUGUACAUUAUAAAUUAGUUUGAUGUAUGAUGCCAGCUAGGAUGGAGUGGGAAAAGACUUUUGUUGCCACAACGACACACACACACACACACACACACACAUACACAAUGAAACCAAGAAAACGGCGAAAAGAUUGAAGGAGUUGCAUUGUUUUCUCUGAGAGUGUAUAAUUCCAUCAUAAAUGGAAAUUACAGAAAUAUGAGGCAUAUGUAUAUUAGAAUGCCCGUUUUGGUGUGAUAAAACAAAUAUGUGGAAUCAAGGAGAGCUUUGCCCCUGGGAGAUAAGCUAUAGCAAAAAAAAAAAACACACAAAAAAACGGGAUCUUUUCUGGAAUAUAGGUUAAAACCCGUUGUAACAUUGGGUGUAAAGCACUGUUUCUCGGCCCAAGUUCCACAAGUCAGUGGUUUUUAAAGAGGUUUCAGUGUGAAGAAAUACUGCCCUCUUAUGGAAUCUGUUUUUCAUUACUUUGAGUUAAAGAGGGAAAACUCAACAAUCAAUCAACUGUAUUUACAGAGCGCUUACUAUUUGCAGAGCACUGUACUAAGCACUUAGGGGACUACAAUACAGCAGAGUUUGCAGGCACGUUUCCUGCCCAUAACGACCAGCUAGUUCUCUUGUUCUGCAUUCUCUGCUAUAGCUCGCUUGACCUCAUUUCCUUAAGCCAGAGUUUUCAGAAUGCGGGUUCAAAAGAAAUCCUCAUGAGAGAAAAUAUUGGGAACUAUGGCACAGUAGACAAAUCAGACAUCUUGACUGUAAGCCCCUUGUGGGCAGGAAACACGUCUGCCUAAUCUUUUAUAUCGUACUCUCCCAAAUGCUUAGUUAAAUGCUUUGGACACAGUAAGUGUUCAGUAUAUGUGAUGGACCGAUUGAUUUUAAAGGCCAGUGGAAAUGCUCUAGAUCUCCUCACAGCAUUAGCACUUAACAUUAGAGCAGAUCUAACUGUCCGAUGGUUUGAAGGAUUGAUCGUGCCUCUGCCAAAUGGAAGUCCUUCCUUGUCUCGGUAUUAAUCUGUUCCCAAUCUGAGCGACUCUGUCAUUUCAGUGAAGAGGGGAGCGAUUUCUUGUGGAGAAGUAAAUGGAGGAGAUUCAUCGAAGAGGCAUCACCGGGGCCUACUAGCACUGUGAAGUCAGCAUUUGCAUCGAUACACAUUAUGCAAACCCCAUAUUCUUUUCAAUUCUAAGAGAGUUUAAAAAAAGGGCGACAGUCCCACUGAAUGAAUAAUCUGUGCACGUGUACCACUCAGAGAGCUUGGACUUCAAAUAAAUUUGGUGAAUGAUA